GUCGCAGCUGAACAGAUUUGUCUGCUUUCUGGAGAUCACAGCUCUCAUUCUGCAGCAUGGUGAUGUGUAGAAUUAUGUGUGUAUUCCGUAUUUGUAAGCAAUAAAGGCAGAGGGACCUAAGGCAUUCCAUUGGCUGAGAAAAUGGACAAAAGGAUUGCAGAUGAAGUAAUUGCCUACAAAUCUGGAAAAGGCUUCCCUCCUUUGUUGAACAGGACACAAAGGAUGAUUAUUAGACGGAGGGCAGCCAGCUUUGUACUCCAAGGUAAUGAACUUUACUACAAAGGUAAUAAAAACAGGAUGGCAAAAGUGGUGAUAUCUGCUAAAGACGCUGCAGAAAUAUUUCAGUCACUCCACGUAAGCCCCGGAGGAGCACAUCAUGGUAUUACUAAAACUGUCAAUGUCAUCUGUAGGAGCUACUACUGGCCAUCUAUGACAGUAGAUAUAUAUAAAUGGGUCUCUGAAUGCCUGCAGUGCCAGGAAAAAAACACGUCGCUCAAGCAGUCCUCUCAGUACCCACCAAAGGAUGACCCUAAUGCAGAUAAAGAAACACAGAAGAAUUUUCGCUUUUCAUUGGAAGAAAAUGAUGUACUUAUCACAAACAUUCUUGAGCAUUAUGAUAACAUUUAUGGGAAAUUUGCUACUGAAACAUCCACAGAAGAAAAGAAUGAAAUAUGGAGAAACAUAGUGAAUGCUGUUAAUUCAGUUUCCACCUAUCCUCGCACUAUCCUGCAUUGCAAAAAGAGGUUUUCUGAUAUUAAAAGGAACAUGAAGCAAAAACUAUGUAAACAGGCAAGGUUCCCCCCACCUCUUUCUUUCCCUUUAUGGCCAUAUGAGCAAAAAAUGAAGACCUUUCUAACGUCUGGCAUUGUGGAAGGUAUCAAAGCGGUAACUGAUAUUACUCAACAGUCCGAGGACGAGGCAGGACAUGCAAGCCAUGCUGUAGAACAACAGUUCCAAGCAAUUAGAGAUACUCUUGUCACAGAGUGUAAAGAGGACUCCUCUAAUGGUUCUGCGGUGGAGGACAAUUUCUCAAUUAGUCUUGAAGAUGAAGCUGCUUUGAAUUCGAUGCCGGUAAAUGCUAACUAUGGGAGUCCUGUAGCUAUAUCCGCAGAGGGAGCUGCACCUUGUGAAGCAAAUCAGCAGGUUUCAGCAGCAAGACUGGUAUCACCAGCACAGGCUUCAGAAAUGCAGCAAACUGGCUUUACUGAACAAGGGAUUAUGUUCCAUGAGGAACAGAGGGUGUUCCGGCACAAUUUAAUGAGUAAAAUGAACUACAUGUGUGAAUGUAUAAAAUCUCUUACUCAGGCACAAAGAGAAAUGAACCAGAUUUUAUUGCAGAAAAAUACUGUUCAAGAAAAAAUUGCAGCUAAUAUGCAGCUUAUUGCACAGCAACAGCUGCACAACUCGCAGCAAAUAAUGAGCACUAUGCAUCAGGCUCUGGAAAUGUUUAGGACUCAACACCAAACUGCAUCCGGUCAAAGCACAGCCAUGGAUAGUCUGAAUGAAACAAGCUGUGCUAGCGCAUCCAUUCAAUGAAGACUUUAGUGAUGUUUUUGUGCUCAUGGUAAAGCAGAUGGCACUUACAAGGGUCGACACUCCAUUUUUAACCCCUUGAGUGCUAAUGAUGGCUCUGAGCCGUCACAGAGUUUCCCACUCUGGUGCUAAUGACGGCUCAGAGCUGUCACUAGCACUCUCCCAAUUUGAGGGAGAUCUGGGGGCUCCCACCCGCUCCUACCCCGGCGAUCGGUGCUGCAUAAUUCCAGGCAUCGCCGGGGCUUCCCGUUUUGCGUGGUGACGUCAUGCGCAAUAACGUGAUGACGUCACUGCGCAACUUUAUUUAACAUUAACAAUGUUAAAUAUAGGAGCAGGGGGCAUGCUGCUUAGAAGCCUGUAUCUUAGGCAUCUAAGCAGCUACAGACCCCCAAGACCCAACGUUGGAAAGGUAAUCGCCUAACCUUUCCAACAGUGUAAGUCUUGGGGAUCUGAAAUAAAUAUGAAAAAAAGGGGAAAAAAAUAUAUUUUUAAAAAUAUAAAAUAAAAAAAACCUUAGCACCCAAGUGGGAAAGUGCUUAGCACUCAAAGGGUUAAAGAGUAAAUGGAAACAAGAAAAUUUGUGCAAUUUAGAAAAUAUUGAAAUUGUUCUAUUGUUUUAACCAUUUACAGCAUAUGUUUGUUGUAUUAAUAUGUAAUUAUUACCCUUUAACAAAGGGCUUUUAUUAUUAUUUCAUCUGAUGUAAAAGUUGGUAAAGAAUAUAAUCAAAGUCUUUAUAAAGCGUAAUUGUGUAAGUACAGGUUAAAGAGAGAGGGUGCCCUAAACGUGUAUUUAGUGCUCAGAAAAUGUAUCUCAAGAAUAAAAGGACAGCGAAUUCUAUGAUGUUUGUUCCACAAAGUUUUUUUUAAAAAAAUAACCCUCUAGGAUUAGCUGAAAACUGAAAUUCUGUCUCUGGCGGAGCUUUAGUUAAGAAAUAAAAAGGUUUUUCUCAA